AUGCCUCAAGUACUAAAAGUCUCGGUUGUACAAACAUGCACGGCGGCUUACUCUCUAAAUGACACGCUUAACAAACUCGACCGACUCGUCCGCCUGGCAAAAGAGCGAGAUGGUUCACAGUUGUGUGUUUUUCCGGAAGCAUUCGUCGGCGGUUAUCCUCGGUAUUCGACAUUUGGCGCAGUCGUAGGUUCCCGUGCUCCGGAAGGACGCGACGAGUUUUUGCGAUACCAUUCUGCUGCAAUCACUCUGUCACCCGAAUCUCCUGGUCGGGUUCGCAUUGAAUCUAUUGCGCGUGCAUAUGGUGUCUUCCUGGUCGUUGGAGUGAUUGAGAAGGAUAGCUAUGCUUCAAGCGCUGGUACACUGUAUUGUUCGGCGAUUUUUGUAGAUCCGGAGAGAGGAUUGGUAGGUAAGCAUAGGAAACUUAUGCCCACUGCUACAGAGAGACUCGUUUGGGGAACGGGAGAUGGAACGACUCUUCCGGUUCUGGAGCACGAGUUCUCAGGGAGUGAACAGGAACAGAGCUCGAUCAAAGCAAAGCUUUCGGCGGCUAUAUGCUGGGAGAAUUAUAUGCCUCUUUUAAGGACGCAUUACUACAGUAAAGGUGUCCAGCUAUACUGUACACCCACGGUCGAUUCGCGACCCGCUUGGCAGAACACAGUGACACACAUCGCACUCGAAGGGCGUUGCUUCGUUCUCUCCGCAUGUCAAUAUGCCCAACAAAAAGAUUUCCCAGAAGGCCAUGCUAUUCCGGCAGGUACUAAGCCGGACCCAGAGGCUGUCAUGAUUGGUGGGGGAAGUGUUAUUAUCGGCCCUCUCGGCGAAGUCCUUGCUGGUCCGCUCCGGGAUGGGGAAGGAAUUCUUACGGCCGAGGUGGAUCUUGAGGAUUGCAUCAGAGGGAAACUGGACUUGGAUGUCGUGGGUCAUUAUGCACGACCGGACAUUUUCAAACUUUUGGUAGAAGAACAACUUUGA